AAAAUCCUGGGUCAAGCAUGGAGAGUCUCGGUUCCUCCGAGUGCUGCCCGGUGCGACAGCAGCGUGCUCGUUGGGAACGGAAACGUGUCUGCACAGCUCGGGAGCUGCUGGAGACCGAGCGGCGCUACCAGGAACAACUGGGGCUGGUGGCCACGUACUUCCUGGGGAUCCUGAAAGCCAAAGGGACACUACGACCACCUGAGCGCCAGACUCUGUUUGGGACCUGGGAGCUCAUCUAUGCCGCCAGCCUAGAGCUGCUUCCCUACUUGGAAGAAGGACAGUGGGGGCCUGGGCUACAAGGCUUCUGCCCCCACCUAGAGCUCUACACCCAAUUUGCUGCCAAUGCAGAGAGGUCUCAGACUACCCUUCAGGAGCAGCUGAAGAAGAAUAAGCGGUUUCGGAGGUUUGUGCGGCUUCAGGAAGGUCGCCCUGAAUUUAGGGGUCUUCAGCUCCAGGACCUGCUCCCUCUGCCUCUGCAGCGGCUCCAGCAGUAUGAGAAUCUUGUGGUGGCUUUGGCUGAAAACACAGUUCCCAACAGCUCUGACUACCAACAGCUCACACGGGCUGCCCGCCUGGUAAGUGAGACUGCCCAGAAGGUCCACGCCAUCGGCCAGAAUCGGAAGAAUGAGCAGCAUCUGCUGCGUGUUCAGGCUCUACUCAGUGGACGCAAGGCAAAAGGGCUUACUUCAGGACGCUGGUUCCUACGACAGGGUUGGCUUUUAGUAGUGCCUCCCACCGGGGAGCCUCGGCCCCGGAUGUUCUUCCUUUUCUCUGAUGCGCUCCUCAUGGCCAAGCCCCGGCCCCCACUGCACCUGCUGAAGAGUGGCACCUUUGUCUGCAGAGCCCUGUACCCUAUGACCCAGUGCCAGCUUAGCAGGGUCUUUGGCCAUUCGGGAGGACCUUGUGGUGGUUUGCUCAGUCUGUCCUUUCCCCACGAGAAGCUAUUGCUUAUGUCUACUGACCAGGAGGAGCUGUCACAAUGGUACCACAGUCUGACUCAGGCUAUUCGAAGCCAGAAGAACUCAGCCCACAGAAGUGUCCCUGCAACAUGACCUUGUCACCUACAAAUGUGCUGGGCCACAUUCACAGCUAUCCUGGGGUACACGUGGCAGCUGGGCAUGCCUACGAAGAAUCUUACCAAUUCCAGAACUCGGGAUCCUCAGGGCUAGGGCAGAGCCAAGAACAAACGGGAAUGCACUUCAAUUGAGCCUCAGUUGAACAAGCCCCUUUAAUGCCAUGCCACUGGGGGUGGGGUGGGGCGGGGCUGUAAAGCUCCUGUGGUCUGUGGCCAGCUGUUAUCACAUUUGCGGCUUUGUAAAGGAGGCCAUUUUGUUGUUGCCUAUGGUUUGUUUUAUUUUUGAGAAAGGAUCUUACUAUGUGACCCAGGCUGACAGUGAACUUGAAUGCCUCCUGCCUCAGCCUCUCAGGUGUUGGGUGUAUAGGUGUGUGCUGCCGUACCUGGCUACUGUACAUAGUUUUGUUUUUCUUGAGACAAAGUUUCAUGUAGCCCAGGGUGGCCUUAAACUCCAGAUCCUCUUGAACUACCUCCUAUGAUGUAAAAGUUCUAUAAUUUAUUUCCUCACUGGAUUUUAAUAAAGUGCUGCUGUUUUGUUUUUGCAAA